AUGCACUACAAGACGCACGUGCCGACGCGUUUUUCUGUUGACGACCAAAUGGCAGAGGCACUGGCGUCGCAGGAGCUCAUGGGGAUCCGUCAGCGGAAGCACUUUCUCAAGCUCUUCCGCAAGUAUUCCAAGGUGAAGAAGACGGCGAUUGACUGGAGCGCGGUCAAGCCGCCACCGAACGGUAUGCUGACCAACACUGCGUCGGUGGAGAGCUGUCCGAACGACAGGAACCUCCGUCACGAGCUGCUGGACAAGUUGGUCAUUUUGAAGCUGAAUGGCGGGCUAGGCACGACGUUGGGAUGUGAGGGACCCAAGAGCGCGAUUGAAGUGCGCCAGGACUUGUCGUUUCUUGACCUUACUGUGCGCCAAGUGGAGUACUUGAACAGCGUGUAUGGCGUCGAUGUACCGCUUGUGCUUAUGAAUUCGUUCAACACGCAUGAGGAGACGGUGCGCAUCAUUCGGAAGUACCGUAUGCACAACCUGAGCAUUCACACGUUUAAUCAGAGCUGCUAUCCUCUCAUCGUCAAAGAGACAAUGUUGCCGCUACCUAAUACGAAGUAUGACCGCUCGACGCGAGACAGGUGGUUUCCACCAGGUCAUGGUGAUGUCUACAACGCGCUGUUUGAGUCUGGGCUAUUGGAGAAUCUGAUCAAUCAAGGCAAGGAGUAUAUCUUCAUUUCGAACGUCGACAACCUUGGCGCCACUGUCAACCUGGAUAUGCUCUAUUACAUGAUCAACGAAGACUCCGAGUUUGUCAUGGAAGUGACUGAGAAGACCCGUGCCGACGUUCAAGGAGGGACCCUAGUAAGCUAUAAGGACAAGCCUCAUCUCCUGGAGGCAAGUCAGGUGCCACCGGAACACAUGGAUGAUUUCCGCGCAAUCAACAAGUUUGAGACGUUCAAUACGAACAAUCUCUGGGUGAAUUUGCGCGCGAUCCAAAGGCUCGUCGCACAAGAUCUCAUUGACAUUGAGCCGCUUGUUACCUUCCGUACUGUGAAGUGCCACAAGGUUGUACAGUUGGAAACUGCGGCAGGUGAGGCGAUCCACCUCUUCAAGAACUUUAUUGGGCUGAAGGUGUCACGCUCGCGUUUCUUGCCCGUGAAAUCCUCGUCGGAUCUCUUCCUGGUUCAGUCGAAUCUGUAUCAGAUCAAACACGGUAGUCUAAUUAUGAAUCCGGCACGAAUCACACCGUCCAUCCCGAUCGUGAAGCUUGGACUUGAGUUUCAGAGCGUAAAGGAGUAUCUAGCACGCUUCGAUCAUGGCAUUCCUGACAUCACGGAGCUAGACCACCUCACGGUCGCCGGUGACGUCAAGUUCGGCUCUAACAUCAAACUCAAGGGAACGGUGAUUCUUGUCGCAAACGAGGGUGCUCAUAUUGACCUCCCCGAAGGAACGGUGCUAGAAAACAAGGUGGUGACCGGCAACUUGCGUAUCUUGGAUCACUAA